GUUUUCUCUCUCUAAAUCGUUCGUGCUGUGCUGUGCUGUGUUCUUUCUCACUCUUUUCUGCAAGAUCCACACCCCAAACCCUAGCAAACCCCUACCGCAGAGGGAGCGGAGAAGAACACGCACCAACUACCCUUCUUCUUUCACCUCGCUUCCUCCGAUCCACUCUCUCUCUCUCUCUCUCUCUCUCUCUCUCUCUUUCUGUUGGAUUAGCUCUUGGAAACCAUUAGUAUGGCAUCUUCAGAGCCGCAAGCAGCAUCCAAAACUCCUGCAGCUGAUAUUGUUGGUAAUGCCUUUGUUGAUCAGUACUAUCAUAUGUUGCAUGAAAGCCCUGAGCUGGUGCAUAGGUUUUACCAGGAUGUCAGUAAGGUUGGCCGUCCUGAACAAAAUGGUAUAAUGGGUAUUACAACAACGAUGUUUGAUAUUAACAAGAAGAUACUAUCACUUGGUUAUGGUGAACUCAGUGCUGAGAUCAUAUCUGUGGAUGCACAAGAAUCUUAUGCUGGGGGAGUCCUUGUCUUAGUCACUGGGUUUAUGAUAGGAAAGGACGACAUUAAGAAGAAAUUUACUCAAUGUUUCUUCCUUGCUCCUCAAGAGAAAGGCUACUUUGUUUUGAAUGAUGUUUUCAGAUAUGUUGAUGAAAAUGGAAUCCAAGGGCCUGCUCAUGAUAUUGGAUCUCCUGCCUCUCCUGACAAUGUGGCAGAUCCUUCUAUGCUGGAGACACAAGUUUCAGAGCAAAUGACUGUGACCGCUGAGGAUGGUGAUGGGGUAGAAGUCUACAAUCCAGAAAAUGGGCAUGCAUCAACUGAAGAAGAGGAAGCUCCUGUACCUGAGGUUCUUGAUGAAAUUCCUGAUGAUUCACAGAUGGUAGCUGGAUUAGCAUCUCAAAUUGAAGAAGAAGUGCCAAAGAAGUCAUAUGCCUCUAUUGUUAAGGUCAUGAAAGAUGCUGCAGCAUUGUCUUCCGCUGCGAUAGCUGUUUCUGUGAAGUGUACUGUUAAGAGCCUAGAACAACAGGGUACUGUUGCACCUCCACCAAGCAGCAUGUCAGAAACAAAUGAUUCUAGUAUAAAUACUAAUGAAACUGGAAACAAUCAAGAAACUGAAGCUGAGGGCUAUUCUAUUUAUGUGAAGGGUCUGUCAUCAAAUGCUACGCCUGUCCUCCUGGAGAAUGAGUUCAAGAAGUUUGGACCUAUUAAGAGUGGUGGUAUCCAAGUUAGGACCCAAAAGGGAUUUUCCUUUGGCUUUGUGGAGUUUGAAGUGGCAAGUGCUGUGCAAAGUGCACUUGAGGCUUCACCAAUUCUGAUCAAUGGCCGUCAUGUUGUUGUUGAAGAAAAGAGAUCAACUAAUCGUGGUAAUAGCAGGGGACGAUUCUCAUCUGGAAGGGCACCAGGUUACCGAGGGGAGGGAGCAAGAGGAGGGCGUGGAAACUACGGAAAUGGCAGAAGCUAUGGCCGUGUUGGUAGUGACUUUAAUGGCAGGGGUGAAUUUGGAGGAUAUAGGAAUGGCAAUCGGGGAGGGUUUUCAAGCCGUGGCGGCGGUGAUGGGUAUCAGAGAAGUGAUCAUAUGGGAGGAACCAGUGGUGGCCGCGUCAAUCGUACUGGUGGUUCUGCUGUUAAUUCAACUCCCAAAACUAUACCUGUUCGAGUUCCUGCUUCUGCCUGAGGAACUAUCCACCAGAGAUUCAAAGAGUAUUUCCAUUUGGAGUAAUUCAAUUGAUUGGAACGAAUUAAGGAGGGAGCUUUUUUUCUUGGGAUGAGUUACUCAAGUUUCAUAAGGUCCCCCCCCAUUUUUAUUUUUUUUAUAUUGGUGGUUUUGGUAAAGUUAGAUUUCCAACUUGUUAUUAUAUUGUCCAUCUAGCUGUAGUUUUUGUGCUUCCCCAGUUUUAUGAAUAUAUAUAUCUUGGGGUUACCCUUUUUUAUUUUUAUUUUUCCUUUUAAAAUUGACUAGUAUUUGGUAGUUGCUAUAUCAGAGGUUGCUAUCAGCAUGAAUUUGCGGAAAUGAUUUUUAUCUUAUA